CCGUCCCCGCCUGCUAUCUAACGCUCCGAUCGUGGUGCAUGUGCGCUGUCGACAGAGAUAGAUGAUCAUCAAACUCCCGAUUUGAUCUAUCUUUGCUACUGAAGUGGCGUCACUAAACCAGCGUGAAGAGUAAUCAUGGAUUCCCAGUGGCAGCCUUACCAGGAUCCCUUACUGGGCCAUUCGGCGCAGUUCAACAACGGCCUGACGUCGAAUCCACAACAGCACCUAGCCUCAAAAUACGGCGGCCAGCCACAGCACUCGCAGCCCCCGGUCGGAUACUCCUACGAGCCCUUCCAAUCCCCUGCCGGUUCUGGGAAACCUUCGUCGACCGUGACGAACUCCAAGACCGUCUCGAUGGCCUCGUCUCCCGCUGCUACGCCACGUAGUCGAGAUUAUGUCACCGAUGCGGAUACCACCAUGGAGGACGCCGAUCCGUAUAACCGGGCCAAGUACACUGCACGGCCUGCCCACCACAGCCGGCCGUCCUCUCAGUACUUCUCCCAUGAAGAGUCUUCGGCCGCUCGCAGAUACUCCCCCGGGAACGUCUUGUCGUCGCCCAUGUCUUCGUAUAAUGCCAGUCCCGGGAAACAUAACUCGUACGCAUUCCCGCCCGGCCCGAAUCAGUCGCGACGCUCGCCCACCAGGGCGCCGAAUUACGCCUCACCUCCACAAUCAUUUCAGUCACCGCCUUCCGGUUCGCGACCGCCUCGACUCCCUCCUCUGCAGCCUACCGAUAUGAGCCCCGAUCAGUUCUAUCCGCCCUCUGCGGGCUCUCAGCUCAGCGCAGCCUUCGCGCAAGACGGGCGAUCCCCUCGUUCUGCAUCUAUCUCAGGUGGCAGUCACUUGCCCGGUCGAGGACCCAUUCCCAAAUUCCACAAGAUCAAGUCAGUGUCGGAUCUGCAACCGCACCUGAAUGCGCAGCCGCCUUUCAGACGUGCCAACCCCGAAGGUGGCUUUAUCAGCCCCCUUCAGGCGUUGACAACACAUCUUCCCGCCACUUAUCGCAUAUGCAAUCCGGGCUUCAACUACGAGUCUUCGAGAAAUCCAAGGCGAGUCCUGACGAAGCCCAGUAAAGGCGUGAAGAACGAUGGCUACGACAAUGAGGAUAGCGACUAUAUUCUCUAUGUCAAUGACAUCCUGGGUAGUGAGGAAGCAGGUCACAAGAAUCGCUACCUUAUUCUCGACGUACUGGGUCAAGGAACCUUCGGGCAAGUUGUGAAGUGCCAGAAUCUGAAAACUGGAGAGGUCGUGGCCGUGAAGGUCAUCAAGAACAAGACAGCCUAUUUCAACCAGAGCAUGAUGGAAGUGUCGGUCUUGGAUCUGCUCAAUAGCAGGUACGACAAGAACGACGAUCAUCACCUACUCCGCUUGAAGGACACUUUCAUUCACAGGCAACACCUUUGUCUUGUGUUCGAGUUGCUUAGUGUCAACCUCUACGAGUUGAUCAAGCAGAACCAGUUCCGAGGUCUUAGCACGACCUUGGUGCGCGUAUUUGCCCAGCAGUUGCUCAAUGCUCUGAGUCUGCUCAACAAGGCACAUCUGAUCCACUGCGAUUUGAAACCGGAGAAUAUAUUGCUAAAGAAUCUGGAGAGCCCCAUUAUAAAAGUGAUCGAUUUCGGCUCAGCAUGCGAUGAGAGGCAGACUGUCUACACCUACAUCCAGUCGAGAUUCUACCGUUCGCCGGAGGUUCUUCUUGGCUUGCCCUACUCUUCUGCGAUUGACAUGUGGUCCCUUGGAUGUAUCGUUGUGGAACUGUUCCUGGGCCUUCCGCUUUUUCCUGGUUCCUCGGAAUACAACCAAGUCUGUCGAAUCGUCGAGAUGCUGGGCCUCCCUCCGACAUGGAUGCUAGAGAUGGGCAAGCAAUCGGGCGAGUUCUUCGAGAAAACCCAGGAUGAGUUCGGCAGGAAGACGUAUCGCUUGAAGUCCCUCGAGCAGUAUUCUCGCGAGCACAACACCAAGGAACAACCAAGCAAGAAGUACUUCCAGGCUUCAACCCUUGAGGAAAUCAUCCGCAGCUACCCGAUGCCCAGGAAGAACAUGAAACAAGCGGAGAUCGAGCGAGAACUCAAUAACCGCAUAGCGUUCAUAGACUUUGUUCGGGGGUUGUUGACCAUCAAUCCGCUCGAGCGUUGGUCCCCACAACAGGCCAAGUUACACCCCUUUAUCACGCAGCAAAAGUUUACUGGGCCAUUCGUCCCUCCGAUGAAUCUGAAGUAUUCAUCUCUAAAUAAGACGGUGGCGCCUGGAAUCCAGCAGCAGCAGCAAGCGGAGGCAGCCAGUAAACAGCGGGCGGCACAAGCAGCACACGCCCAGAGUGCAGCACAAAAUGCAUACAACAUGCAACUGAAUCAGUUCCACACACCAACCCAUGCCCAACCGCCACCGAUCUAUAACGGGAUGUAUGCUGGCCAUCAGCAAGGUGCUCCUCCGCCGUACCCCAACCAGCCACCAGCCUACGGUCAUCAAAUGAACAUUCUCCCAGGGCAGAUGCCGCAACAGCAAUACGCGCCAUCACAGACCCUCUACGCCCAGGCAACUACGAGGGCCGGCCGACAGCGUGCAUCCACCAUGGACCCCCAGGGUGGAGGCAUUCCGCCGACCAUCCAGCGCGUGGCGAGUCAUCUCGAUCCCAAUGCGCCGAUCAGGCUGCAACCGAGCCCAGCCUACUACCCCCCUCCACCAGAUGGAUAUGUUGAUGCCAACUCAGCCAACCAGCAAAGGCGUCGGGGAAGCCGAACGGGUGGCACAAGAAACCGGGACUUUAUCCGGACUCUAGAAGACGGUGUCCUAGGAGGUGAAGGCUUCAUGAGCCAAAAUCAGUGGCACUGAAGGUGAUGAGACCACUGGCAAUUUGGUCGCACCUGGCCGGUGCAUCAGCCUCGCUGACUAAAAUUCGAUCGAGCAAGCACAUGUUCCAUGUGCGUCUACCACGAGAGAAGAGCAGUCAGAUAGCUGUUCUCGCGUGUCCUCCUUUCGUGGGAUUCUGCAAGUGUUUUCCCCCCAGUCUUCCCACCACCAAGUAUUCCCAAGUUGGACCGCUCGCUCUCAAGCCACAACAGUACCGUCACGCAAC